AUGGCAGGUCUUUCUGGUUUGCCGAUACCAAGCAUGGACUGGCAUUCGCCUGAUGCACCUCAAGCAUUUACGAAAUUCAAAGCCCCAUGUCAGUUAUACUUCAAUGGUCCGUUAAAAGAAAAAACGGAGGAAGAACAAGUCAGCUACCUGCUAAUUUGGUCUGGAGACGAUGGCAUUGAAUUGUUCUCAACAUGGGGACUUAGUGCAGGCGAUAAGAAGAAACUCGAUGUACACUGGACACGGUUCGAGCAGUACCUAUCUCCAAAAAGCAACUUUCGCCUUUCCAGGUUCAAGCUACGAACAACGAAACAAGAGCCAGGUGAGACUGUUGAUUCUUUUGUUAAAAGGAUUAGAAUACUUAUUGAUGAAUGUCAAUUUACAAACCCUGAUGAACAUGUCAUAGACGCUCUUAGUUUUGGCUCGUCAUCAAAACGUACACAUUCAAAACGUUUGGAAUAUGAUAAAAUUCUGACCUUAGACCGUGCCUUAGAAAUUGCCAGAACUGAGGAAGUUACAAAUAACCAAAUGAAAAGUAUAAGUUCAACUCAUAUAGAUGCCUUGAAGCAUUCACGAAGGUCAUAUACCAAACCUCGGGGUCCACCCAUUUGCAUGUGUGGGAACUGUGGUACUGAGCAUGAUAUUUCAGAUAGAUCUUUAUGCCCUGCACAUCGCACAAUUUGCAAGGUAUGUGGUAAGGAAAAUCAUUGGAAAAGAGUGUGUCGUUCGAAGUUAACGAAGAAGAACCCCUUCCGAAAUAAAGACAACAGACUUAAAAGUCAAGAUAAGCCGAUAAACAAGCAAAAGCAGAAUGAUGUCAUACAGACUGAGAAUGCAGAUUCCAGUGGCUCCCCAGCAACACCAGUGGUGGAUCAGUUGUAUUUUUAUACCUUAUCGAUUAAUCAGAUGUCAAAGAGCAACACCCAAGCACUCGUCCAAGUACAGGUGAACUCAUCUCAAGGUGCCAAGCCUUUGUGGUGCAAAGUGAAUAUCGGUGCAGAAUUGAAGGUAAUGUCAUUUCUGUAGAAACAUAUAAGAAGCUGCAUCCAACAGUAUCAUGUAAUGCCAAAGGUGUACCCGUGAAUUUAACACCUUCUAACACAGUUAUUACUGCUUAUGGUGGUCAUUCUGUCCGCCAUUUUGGAACUUGUGUUCUGCACUUGUCGCAUGAACAUCACUCUAAGCCUUAUGUCUUUCAUGUAGUAGACACUGUUGGACCUACAAUUCUUGGGUUGCCAACAUGUACUGAUUUGAAUCUGAUUACCCUAAACUACAGUAUUACCACUCAGUCAAAGGAACUACAACCAUUGUGCCCCAAACCACCAUCCACCAGAAAUUCAGCUGCAAAAGAGAACCUUAUCAAGCGUUAUGGCGACUGCUUCGAAGGAAUUGGGUGCUUCCGAGGAGAAUUCCACAUCACCUUGGAUCCUUCAAUACCCCCUGUGGUACACCCUCCACGCAGAGUUCCAGAAGCCUUAACGGAACCUCUAAAGAAGGAACUUGAUUCCUUGGUUGAACAAGGAAUUAUUGCUAAGGUGGAACAACCUACAGAUUGGGUCAACUCAUUGGUUUCCUUCACGAAGAGUAAUAGCAGUCUACGGCUGUGUUUGGACCCAAAGGAUUUGAAUCGUACAAUUAAGCGCCCUCACCAUUUUACUCCGACACUAGACGAUGUUCUCUCUAAGUUGAAUGGUGCAACAUGUUUUUCUAUUAUCGACGCACGCAGUGGUUACUGGAACAUUAAAUUGGACCAACAAAGUUCACUCUACACAACCUUUAACUCCGCCCCACGGAAGAUAUAG